CUAGUAGGCUCUCCAUGAUCGCAAGAUGUCGUCGGUGCAGCAGCGCAAAAAUGAGAUCUUGGCCAAGCGGGCUAAGCUUGCUGAACUGAAGAAGCAGCGUGAACUUCGCCAGAAGGAGUUCUCGAACAACCGGAAUAGCAUCGGGGAUACUUCAGAGAUUGCUUCGCCGGUGCCUAGCCGUUCUGACAGCAGAGCCGAACUUGAUGACCUGAUUUCACGUUUGGUAGACCGUCCAGGAUCAGCUUCCAUCAGUCAUGGCGCGGACGGCCAGUCGCGCAAAGGAAGUCGCCCGAACUCAGUAUUGAGUGCCAGUCAACUCAGUGGGGAGAAUACCGAUGCCUUGUCCCCUACCUCACGACCGCUGUUACAGUCGAUUGCCGUACAGACAGUUGGGGAAGAGCAACCCUACACCUACUCCGCACCCGAAGUUCAAGCCCCACCUCCCCCUGAAGGCAAACCAGAGCUCGUCACCUACAGCAAAGCCGUGCAAACAGACGGUCUAGAAUCACCACCCCAGUCGGAGGAUGGAUCGGUUGCUUCAGACAACGAGGAACAAGCCGGCACUACACGGUCAAGCAAGCGUCUCAGUCGACGGGACCGCGAACGCGAUGAGGAAAUCCGACAGAAGAUCCGCAAGGAGAUUGAGGAAGAAUUGCAAGCUACGAAUCAGGAUGGGGCUGCUGCGGCGACUACACAAUCUGCACAACUCCGAUACCCUCUACGCACGCUCGAUGACGACGAGUUGAAGGCGGUCACUUCAUCUAAUGAUUUCCUGGACUUUGUGGAGCGGUCCUCAAAGGUGAUUGAGCGGGCGUUGGAUGAGGAAUAUGACGUCCUUGCAGACUACGAGCUUGGUGUGAAUGGAGAUGUCGAAGAGGAUGAAGAGACUGGCAAGAAGAGGAGGGGCAUCCGAGAGGUCUGCCAAUUCUACGACGAGCGAUGGAGCAAGAAGCGCAUGGUCACCGACCUGAGCUUUUCCCCAAAGUUCCCGGAGCUUGUCCUAGCAUCAUACACAAAGAAUCCUUCAGCCCCUCAUGAGCCAGAUGGUCUUGUUCAAGUCUGGAAUCAACACCUGCACUCUCGACCAGAAUAUGUGUUCCACUCUACAUCCGACAUUCUCGCUGCCAAAUUCUCACCUUUCCACCCAAAUCUAAUUGUUGGAGGCUCAUACUCCGGCCAGGUGCUUCUGUGGGACACUCGUUCCUCCCGCGCAGGCGGUGGUGCGCCCGUGCAGAAGACGCCUUUGACCGGGUCUGGACAUACCCAUCCCGUUUACAGCAUCUCAAUUAUCGGUACACAAAAUGCGCACAAUAUCCUAACCGUUUCCACUGAUGGAGUUGUCUGUGGCUGGACUGUGGACAUGCUUUCCCAACCACAGGAAUUCCUCGAACUAACCACACCCCCUCCAUCCAAGACGGAAGAUCUUGCACCAACUACCAUGUCAUUCCCCCAGUCCGAUCCAACCUUCUUCAUUGUCGGCACUGAGGAGGGAGGCAUCUACCCUUGCCAUCGCUAUGACCGAGCUGGAGCGAAGGCAGGCACUGACCACCGCCUCGCAUACCGAGGACACGCCGCGCCGAUCAUGUCUACGGCAUUCCAUCCUGCUCGUGGUCCAGUUGACCUGGGAGACCUUAUGCUGAGCUCCAGUCUGGACUGGAGUGUGAAGCUCUGGCGUGUACGACCCCCAGCGACGACUGCUGCUCUCACAUCUGGAAUGUCCUCGGCUCAGGUCGUCUCGCCAAUUCUGGACAUUGUUCGCGACGAUGUCGUUUACGAUGCCCGCUGGUCUCCACACAGACCAGGUGUGUUCUCUCUCGUCGACGGUGCUGGCAACGUCGAGGUUUGGGAUCUCUACACCGACACCGAGGUUCCCGUUGUACGGACCACCCCCUCUCGUGGUCCUAGUGCCAUGCCAUCCCGAAGUCUCAACAAGGUUGCUUGGGAGGAGCGCGAAGGCCGCCGUCUGGCGACUGGUGGUCUCAACGGCGUCGUCACGGUCUUUGAGGUCGGCAAGGGCCUUGGUGGACCGUCUGAGGAGGUUCCAGCGGAGGAAUGGGCCGGUAUGAAGCGUUUGGUUUCGAAACUGGAGCAGAAGGAUCGGGUGGCUUGAUGUUGAAUGAUCUUUGUAAAUGGCACUCUGGCUGCCAUAUCUUUUCUUUUUCCUAACCCCUACAAACCUCUGUCCUUGCCAUGCCUAGUUUCUGCUUGCCAUAUACCCCUUUCUUCUUCAAUAACAUAACUUAGGGAUAUCUGUCUCCAUCCCACCAUUUGACAAGUUUGUAACUUAAUGUCGAGAAC